ACAAGCAUUCAGUUUGGCUGAGGGAGCAGGCAGGAGCGUCACAUAGAGACUAACGGGAGCCUGAGGGGCUGCAGACUGAGGCUAAAGAGGACUGAAGACACACUGAAACUGAUCUAGAGUAAAUAGGUGAUUGACAGGCAGGCAGCAAGAGAGAUAAGGAAGUCUAGAUUAUGCAGACUCCUACACCAGCCUAAAAUAGCUGAAAUAGCCUGCACAGGGAGCAAAGACUGAGCCAGGAGCACUAAUUUUUGUCAGGAGGAAAAGUCUGGGAGAAAAGAAAACAUUUUUAGAGCAGAUUUUCUUCCUUUAGAAACAGAAGGCAGCAGAUGGACUGAAGGACCUUCUGAAGAAGACAGUCUUCAUCGACAUUUAGUGAUGCUUUUCAGGAACUCUGAACAGACUUGUUCUGAGGACGCGGAUAAAACCACAGGAUACUUUUAUAAUCAUUGAAUUGAAGUUUUCUACAAGUUUUUUUUGUCACCAUGUUUCUUCAAAAGAACUCUUUAACAGCGCUCUGGACUACUURUCUUCAGGUUUUGUGCCUCCUGGAUGUAUGGACCUCAGCCUUGCCGGCUGCCCAGCAAUCCAAACCUCAGCUGCAGCCGCGCCGGUCCAGACACAUGUCGCCGCCUCCCUCCCUGUCCUCGCCCGGCAACUUGUCGGAGAGCGCCGAGAGCAAAGUGGAGCGCCUCGGCCAGGCGUUCAAGCGGAACGUGCGCGAGCUGCGCGAGCAGAGCGCCUGCUUGGACCUGGUCUUCCUGGUGGACGAGUCAUCAAGCGUGGGCGCCAACAACUUCCAGAGCGAGCUGCGCUUCAUACGCAAGAUGCUGUCGGACUUCCCCGUGGCGCCGGAGAACACCAGGGUGGCGCUGGUGACCUUCUCGUCCAAGACCCACGUGGUGACCAGGGUGGACCACAUCUCGGCGCCCAAGUCCCAUCAGCACAAGUGCUCCCUGUUCAGCCUGGAGAUCCCAUCCAUCAGCUACAGAGGGGGAGGCACUUACACCAAAGGAGCUUUCCAGAGGGCAGCGCAAAUCCUUCGUCAGUCCCGUAGUAAUGCCACUAAAGUAAUUUUCCUCAUCACCGAUGGUUACUCUAAUGGUGGAGACCCUCGGCCGGUGGCGGCAGCUCUGAGGGAGCGAGGCGUUGAGAUCUUCACUCUGGGCAUCUGGCAGGGAAACAUCAGGGAGCUCCAUGACAUGGCCUCCCACCCUAAAGACCAACACUGCUACCUGGUGCACAACUUUGUUGAGUUUGAGGCUCUGGCUCGUCACGCCCUGCAUGAAGAUCUGCCCACAGGCAGCUACAUCCAGGACGAUUUGUCACGCUGCUCCUCUCUGUGUGAGGCGGGUAAGGACUGCUGCGAUGUGAUGGCCAGCUGUAAGUGUGGUACUCACACUGGGCAGUAUGACUGCAUCUGUGAGAAGGGGUACUACGGAAAGGGUCUGAAGCACGAAUGCACUGCUUGUCCACCUGGCACUUAUAAACCAGAGGCUACACCUGGAGGACUGAGCACCUGCCUGUCAUGUCCSGACACACAGCACACCUCCCAGCCUGGCAGCACCUCCCUCGAUGACUGCGUCUGCAAGCCGGGCUAUCAGCCAAUAGGCAUGACCUGUCAGGUGGUGUACUGCCCAGCACUUUCUCCUCCAGAAAACGGCUUUUUCAUCCAGAAUGUGUGCAACAACCACUUUGAUGCAGCUUGUGGAGUGCAAUGCCAGCCGGGUUUUGAGCUUCAUGGAACUGGCAUUAGACUCUGCCAGGCUGACAGCACGUGGUCAGGAGCACCGGCAACCUGCAGAGUACGCUCCUGCCCGCCCCUCUCUCGGCCUCAGCACGGCUUCCUGCGGUGCAGCGAUGGUGGUGUGCACUACAGGGCAGUGUGUCAGGUGGGAUGUGARCGAGGCUACAGAUUAGAAGGGAACUCCACACUCACCUGUCAGGCCACCUCCCAGUGGAGCGGACCCCAGCCUCGGUGUGUGGAGGUGAGGUGUCCCCCCAUCGUGAACCUAAAGAACAUGUUGCUGUCGCCCCCUGCCUGCGGGAAGAGAGCCGUGUCCCUGGGCUUCGUCUGCCACCUCACGUGUCGCCAAGGUUACAGUCUCCAGGGAAACAGGAGGGCAGUGUGCCUGAGCUCUGGGAACUGGACCGCUAAUGUCCGUAAAGCUGUCUGUGCAGAUACUGAGCCACCAAGACUCCAGUGUCCCUUGGACAUCGUUGCGCAGACAGAUGAGCGACGUGGCACUGCUCACAUCAGCUGGAAAGUCCCAAAUGCUACAGACAACUCCAAAGAGGUGGUACUGCAGGUGAAACCAGUCUACAGUCCUCCUCAGCUGCUCCCWAUUGGAAAGGAAACCAUCAACUAUAUUGCGACUGACCGCUCUGGAAACUCGGCGAACUGCUCCUUUACUGUCACCGUGAUUGAUACGGAGCCCCCUUUCAUUGACAGGUGCAGGUCACCCCCGACAGCCCAGGCCACAAACACAGAGACAGUCGUCACGUGGGAAGUGCCACAGUUCUCCGACAACUCACGUGGUCGCCUCACAGUAAACAGCAGCCACAGUCCAGGCUCGCUGUUCCCCGUAGGAGACACUCUGGUGCAGUACACUGCAACUGAUGCUGCAGGAAACAGCCGAACCUGUAACCUCACUGUAACUGUGCAAGGGACGACCUGUGACCAGCCGUAUGUUCCUGUAAAUGGAGAGUUUGUUUGCUCUGAAGAGGACGAAGGUGUUAACUGCACCCUGCAGUGUAAAGACGGUUACAGCUUAGCUCAGGAUGCCGUGCACAGCUACUUCUGCGCCCACAACGGCAUGUGGGAGCCUCCGUCCUCCUCAGACAGACCUGACUGCUCUUUGAACCGUAUAGCAAACAAUGGAUAUAAGCCUUUUGAAAUGCUGUUCAAAGCCUCUCGAUGUGAUGAUGCAGACCUGGUCAAGUCAUUUGCAGGGCAUUUUAAUGCUAAACUAGGAGGCAUGCUCCCUGGCAUUUGUAGCAGCGAUGAAAUCACCUGCAAGCUAGAGGUGAUGUCACAGGGUCACUGUCUGGAGUACAAUUACGACUAUGAAAAUGGAUUUUCAAUCGCUCCAGGUGGGUGGGGAAACAGCUGGGACUCUCAGGGCUCGCAGGACUACGCUUACUUCGAGUCGGGCUUCGCCACAGGCAGCCGGCAGCAGCAGGACGGCAGCAGGAAACCUCAUCCCCGAACAAAAAGGAGCAGGAAGAUAACAGGCCCCACAAGAGACCAUAAGAUCCAGAUUUAUUUCAACAUCACAGCAAGCAUCCCUUUGCCCCUGUCGAGGAAUGACUCCGUAGAGGUGGCCAAUCAGAAGAGGCUCCUGCGGACCCUGGAGCAACUGACCAAUCGCCUGAAACGAACUCUAGCCAAGCAGCCAUUGUCCAGUUUUCACGUCUCUUCAGAAAUGAUCGUUUCAGAUCCCAGGUCGCUGGAGAGCAGGAAGGCCUCUCUGUUCUGCAGACCGGGCUCGGUGCUCAAAGGCAGAAUGUGUGUACAAUGUCCUGUAGGAACAUAUUUUUCUCUAGAACAUAAWGAGUGUGAGAGCUGCUGGUUGGGGUCCUACCAGGACCAGGAGGGUCAGCUGGAGUGUAAGUCUUGUCCUGAAGGGACCUCCACAGCCUACCUGCAUUCCCGCCGCAUGACUGAGUGCAAAGGUCAGUGUAAACCUGGCAGUCACUCUCUGAACGGGUUGGAGAUCUGUGAGUCGUGCCCGCUCGGUCACUACCAGCCUGGCUACGGUGCCAGAAAGUGCCUGGUGUGUUCUGGUGGGACUUCCACGGUCACCAGAGGAGCAGUGGAUGACACAGAGUGUGGAGUUCCCUGCAAGGCGGGYCAUUUCUCUCGCACCGGUCUGGUUCCCUGUUACCCAUGUCCAAGAGAUUAUUACCAGCCUGACCACGGACGCUCCUACUGCCUCUCUUGUCCUUUUUAUGGAACCACUACGAUCACAGGGGCGUCCAGCAUACAGCGCUGCUCCAGUUUUGGGUCGAGCUUUCUUGCCAAGGAGGAAAGUGUAACAACUGCACCAGAAUUGGAGGUCAGUGAGGACUACCAAGCCAGCAGUCAGAUUUUCCAUGAGUGCUUCCUGAAUCCCUGUCAGAAUAAGGGAACAUGUGAGGAGGUUGGAGCUGGUUAUGUUUGCACCUGUAUGCCUGGUUUCACAGGUGCGAAGUGUGAGAUCGACAUAAACGAGUGUGACUCUGCUCCAUGCCAGAACGGAGGCCUGUGUAAGGACGGGAUGGGAGACUUCCAGUGUCAGUGCAAACCUGGAUUUUUAGGCUCUCUGUGUGAGGCCGAGGUAAACGAGUGUAUCUCCUCCCCGUGUCUGAACGAAGGAGUGUGUGUGGAUGAAGUCAACAAGUUUACCUGCAGCUGUACCGAUGGCUUCACAGGGUCUCGUUGUGAACUGGAAAUCAACGAGUGCCUGUCCAGCCCGUGUCUGAAUGGAGGUGUGUGUGAGGACCUGACAGCAGGUUACAGCUGUAACUGUGCAGUUGGAUUCUCUGGGGAUCGCUGUGAGAUCAACGUUGAYGAUUGUUACAGCGCUCCUUGUUUACACGGAGGUUCAUGCAUAGAUGCUGUAAACRGUUACAGGUGUCAGUGCGUGGAGGGCUACCGAGGCCGACUGUGCGAGGUGGACAUAGACGAGUGCAAUCCUAACCCCUGUGCGAAUGGCGCCAGCUGCUUCGACGGUCUGGGAUCUUUUACCUGCCGCUGCCUCCCUGGGUUCAACGGAACCAGGUGUGAGACAGAAAUGUCGUCUGCCUUCAACCUGGACUUUGAGGUGUCUGGUAUCCACRGUUAUGUGAUGAUGGACGGAGUGAUGCCGGCGCUGACAGAGAUCACCUGCACCUUCUGGAUGAGGUCGUCAGACACCACUAACUAUGGCACACCUGUUUCCUACGCUGUGGAAGGAAGUGACAACGCCUUCCUUCUCAUAGACUAUAACGGCUGGGUGCUGUACGUGAACGGUAAGGAGCGGAUCACUGACUGUCCCGCUGUGAACACGGGUCAGUGGUUCCACAUCGGUGUGUCCUGGAGGAGCUGGGACGGAGACUGGAGGAUCUACAUCAAUGGGAAGCCCUCAGACGGAGGCAAAGGCCUGUCAGUCGGCACCACUAUCCCAGGUGGAGGGGCACUUGUUUUAGGUCAGGACCAGGAUCAGAGGGGAGAAGGCUUUAACCCUGUGGAAUCUUUUGUUGGGUCCAUCAGUCAACUCAACAUCUGGGAUCGGGUUCUUACCCCCCAGCAGAUCAGGGUCCUGUCCAGCAGCUGUCCAGCCUCUCAUGUGACCCACAGAGGAAACGUUCUUGCCUGGCCUGAUUUUCUUAACGGGGUGGUGGGUCGUGUCAAAAUAAACCUCAACAGUAUUUUCUGUGCAGAUUGUCCCAAGCUAGAGAACGCUGUGCCCCACCUGCACGUGUCCACGGUGGAGGUGAGCCCUGGUGCUCAGGUGCAGAUGUCCUGUGAUCUCGGUUUCUACCUGGUGGGGGAGCCAGUGCUGCAGUGCCAAAACAAAGGAGAGUGGAGCCACCCUCUGCCCAGCUGUGAACGAGUGUCAUGUGGACCACCACGUCCUCCAGAGAAUGGCCUGUUUCAGGGGACAGAUUUUCAAGCUGGCAGCUCCGUGGUCUAUCAAUGUAAUCCAGGCUUCUACCUGCUGGGAGACUCCAAGGUGCGCUGCAGCAACAGCGGCAAGUGGGGAGGACAUCCACCGGCCUGUCUGGAUGUGGAUGAGUGCGCUCUGGGCUCAGACUGUGAUGAUCACGCCAGCUGUCAGAACACAGACGGGUCUUACACCUGCACCUGCAUUCACCCGUACUCUGGAGACGGCAAAAACUGCACAGCCCUCUCCUGCCCAACACCAGCUGUUCCAGAGAACUCUGUCAUGAAGGGAAACAACUUCACCUAUGGCAGCAAGGUGACUUUCAGCUGUAAGAAAGGCUACCURCCUCAGAUACCCUAUGAGUUCCAGUGCCUCUCCACCUUGAGAUGGAGCGGUACACCCCCCAUCUGUUACCCGGUGACCUGUGGGGGGCCGCCUAGGGUGGAACACGCUGACUACACCUUCCACACCAACACUUACCUCUCCACUGUCAACUACACCUGUGUGGAGGGAUACAGACCACAGGGUUCCAUGGAGGUGGUUUGUGAGGCGACGGGGGAGUGGAGCUGGCCCACCCCUCGCUGCAUCAGCAUCCUGUGCAGCAAGCCUCCAGCACUGGCAGAUGCUGAAAUUGUCGUAGAGGAYUAUGAAGUGGGAAGCAAGGUUCACUAUGUCUGCAAAGAAGGCUACACUCUGAUUGGYCCCGAGACCAGAGAAUGUCUUCCAAGCGGCCAAUGGAGUGAAGACUUCCUCCAAUGUGUGCCUCGUUCCUGUGGACCGCCGCCCACCAUCGACCACGCCGUGCCCCACGAGACCCACAAGCUGUUUGGAGACACUGCCAGCUACUACUGCACUGACGGAUACACGGCCAGCAACAACUCUAAGCUCAUGUGUAACGCUCAGGGCAUGUGGGUCCCUCCGACGGGCAUGGAGGUUCCARUCUGCAUUGCCAACUUCUGCCUACGUCCACCUGAUCCCCCGCAUGCCAUUUUAGAUUCRUUCAACAAACCCAAAUAUGCCAGCAACACCGAGGUGAGCUAUAAAUGUGAGGAAGGCUUCAUGCUGAACACCACCGCUACAAUCAGAUGCCUGAUGGGAGGGACGUGGGAGCCGUCGCCAUUUGACAUAGGCUGUGUGCCGGUGAGGUGCUCCAGACCAGAAAGCAUCGAUCGGGGCUACGUGAGAGGAACAAAUUACAGUUUUGGAGCUAUGAUCGCGUACAGCUGCGAGACGGGCUACCUGAUUCGAGGGGAGAAGAGGAGGACCUGCAAGGCUAGUGGAGAAUGGGGAGGAGUCCUGCCUACCUGCAUACCUGUGUCCUGCUCAGCUCCUCCCAUACUCUUAAAUGGAUAYAUCCAGGUCAGAGGUCGAUUCACUUUCAACAACAAGGUGACUUAUGCCUGUAACGCAGGCUACAGACUAGUUGGUCGACCAGAGCGAGUUUGUCAAGCCAACCGACAGUGGUCCAGCAACRACCCUCCCACCUGUGUCCUUCUGACCUGUGACCCUCCUCCUGACAUCGUCCACGGACGCUACAAAGGUUCUGACUUCCACGUGGGCCACAAAGUGSAAUAUCUCUGCGCUGAGGGUUAUGAGCUGGCUGGGGAUGCCAUCUGGACUUGUCUCAAGUACGGCAAGUGGGAUAAGACGAGGCCUCCACGCUGCUCUCCAGUCAGAUGUCCAGAGCCUCCGCUAGAGGAGAACCACCUGGUCCUGAAAAGUUUGGACUCUGAAUCUGGAACAGUGGAGUUAUCCUGUGAGGAUGGUUAUAUCCUGGAGGGGGCUCAUGUCCUCCGCUGCACCCCUUCUCAGGAGUGGAACAACACCUUUCCAGUGUGUAAGCAGGUUUUCUGUGGCCCACCACCUGAAGUUACAUUUGGUAGUCUGUCCACAGCCUCUCCUUCAUUUCCUUUUAGCUCCAUGAUUACCUACACGUGCAUAGGUGGUUUUACUUUAAGAAAAGAAACAUCUGUUUCCUGUUUAGCAAGUGGACAGUGGAGUACUCCUUACCCAGAAUGCAUCCCAGUUGAAUGCCCUCAGCCUGUGGAGGUUUCAAAUGGUAUAGUUGAUGUGCAGGGCCUGGUGUACCUCAGCAAAGCUCUGUACAGCUGUAAGGCUGGAUACAAUCUGGUGGGGAACUCCACGGUCCUCUGUGGAGAGAAGGGACUCUGGAUCGGUGGCGUGCCUUCUUGCCGUCCAGUUGAAUGCUCCGUCCCUAAACAGAUAGCCAGUGGAAAAGUGGUUUAUAGGAAACUCCAGUUUGGUCACAGUGCCACCUACUCUUGUCGACGUGGUUACCGCCUGCAAGGCCCAGAGAUUAUCAAGUGCCUGGCUGAUGGAGAGUGGGACUCAGAGCCGCCCGCUUGCAUGCAGAUUUCAUGCACUCCACCCCAACCAAUUGAAAACGGUUUUGUGGAGGGUCAGGAUCACAGUUUUGGMGUCACUAUUUUCUACAGCUGCUUUCCAGGCUUCCAGCUCUUAGGCCAGGAUCAUCUGACCUGCGAGGAGUUUGGCUGGUCCAGUUCUGUCCCUAUGUGUGUGCCCUCAGACUGCGGCCUGCCUCCUCAUAUAGACUUUGGGGAUUAUGUCAGAGUGACCGAUUCUGAUCCCAAAGACCCUUUAACAGCUCCACCCAUGGAUUUGAACUUCCUCCACGGGACUGUGAUUGAGUAYCGUUGCCACCCAGGUUACAACAUCAGCAGCCAGACCAGGUUGGUGUGUCAGGAGGACGGGGGGUGGAACGGGAYAGCCCCAUCAUGUGUGCCAGCAGAGUGUGAGACCCCGCCCAGUCCAGAGCACGGCUGGGUGAAUGUGACUGAUGCUUUGCUCGGCAGCUCGGUCAGAUAUUCUUGUGAGGAGGGGUAUGAGCUGCUGGGGGAGCCUGUCAGGCAGUGUCUGUCAGGUCAGCUGUGGACUAGUGACGCCCCAGUUUGUCGACCGGUAUCCUGUGGUGAUCCAGGAGCUCUCACUAAUGGCACAGCUCAUGGUGGGGAAUUUGUUUAUCCGGAAGUUAUGCACUUUGAGUGUAAUCCUGGAUUUGUUCUGAGGGGUACAGACACCAUCGCCUGCCAGGCAGAUGGAAAGUGGAAUGGGCCAAAGCCACUUUGUGAUCCUGUAUCUUGUGGCCCUCCAAAGGUGCCUAAUGAUAUAAUCAUUGAAGGUAAAGAUUACACCUAUAAUAGUGAAAUUGAACUGAGCUGUCAGCCUGGUUUCCUCUUGAAAGGGACAUCUAGAGGUGUUUGUCAGGCUGACGGCACCUGGAGCUACGAAUUCCCUUCUUGCCUACCGGCUCGUUGUGGGAAACCCUCCUCCAUACCCCAUGGCCACGUGUUAGGGUCACAGUUUGGCUACAACGACAAAGUUAAGUAUGAAUGUGAUGAAGGAUACAAGUUAAACGAAGAUGCUACACUUGUCUGUCAGUCAAAUGGACUUUGGGACAAACCCCCGCCUCGUUGUGACAUCAUUAGCUGCGACCCACCUGAGGACAUCAGUCACGGCUUUGUGAACGGUUCCAGCUUCAACUACAACGACGUGGUGGAGUACGUGUGCUUCGAAGGUUACAGGGUUGUGGGGGAUACCAUGCUGCGCUGCUCCUCUCAGGGCCUCUGGGUGGGCUCUGUGCCUCAGUGCCAGCCCUGUUUAUGCCCCCCACUUGAGGUUCAGUUUGGKAGGGUUAUUGGGAACGGCCACGCCUGUGGGGAUCGAGUGCAGUUCCAGUGUGAUGAGGGCCUCAAACUGCUGGGUCCUUCUCAGGCAGUGUGUGAGAAAGGAGGGAUGUGGAGCCCAGGGGUGCCAGUGUGUGGCAGAGGGAAAUGCAGUGUUGCCCCACCUGUGGUCCUGAACGCCGUCUUACAAGGCGGUGUUGCUAAAUUCCCAGACACAGUGACAUACAGGUGUCGACUCGGCUAUCUACUGAAAGGGUAUCCUCACCUCUCCUGUGGACAAGAUGGCAGGUGGGGAGAACCCAGGAUCCGCUGUGAGCCUGUGAGCUGUGGGAAACCACCUGAAGUAGCUCACGCUCUGGUGGAUGGAAACGACUUCACCUUCCCCAACAAGAUCACAUACAGAUGUGUGGACGGAUUUGAACCUGCCACAAAGACAGCUUCUCUGUCCUGCCAGAGUGACGGCACCUGGUCCAAACACAGCGUCCAGUGCCGCCCUGCCCCCUGCCGAUUACCCACCCACAUCACCCCACAUCUGCUAAUCAGCGGGAAGGACCUCACUCCUGUUGGGGGCACCGUCACCCUCUCGUGCCUUCCUGGCUUCUACCUGCAGGGGUCAGCUGUAGCGGAGUGUCAGAUGGGCGGAAGCUGGGCUCCCAACAUUUUAUCAGUUUCCUGCGAGGUGGUGGUGUGUGAGAAACCUGCUCCUCUUCUUCAUGGCUUCAUGGAGGGUGACAGCUACAACUACGGAGACUUUGUCCUGUACUCCUGCCUGCCUGGAUUUGAGAUGAAGGGAGACUCUGUUCAGACCUGCCAGGGAGACCGAACAUGGAGUGGCACACAACCAGCRUGUGUUGCCUCGUCCGUCCUCUCCUGCGGGGCUCCGCCCRCAGUGAAAAAUGCACAGCUCCAGGCGACAGGAGACGCUCACCUGCGCAACGUCAGCUAUGUGUGCAACGCUGGGCUGCAGCUCGUCGGCUCUAAGACUCUCACCUGUCUGUCGAAYGGCUCAUGGAGCCUACCAGCUCCUACAUGUGAAGUGAUCAGUGGCUGUGAGGGUCCCAAACAGCUGCUGCACGGUAAAGUUCAGGAGCAYAGCCUGAACACCAGGCGUGCUCUGGAGUUCCAGUGUGAUCAAGGCUACAGCCUUGUGGGAGACCAGUUGGUGAUGUGUAUGGGGAGGAACACCUGGAGCUCCACUUUCCCCACCUGUCAAGCAAGGUCUUGCCCACCUCCUCCGGGCUGGAAGGAGGACGUUCGCGUUAACAGAUCCCAGCAGGAGUUUCAUGUUGGACAGUCGGUGAGGGUUACCUGUCCCAAGGGACAGCAGGUGAAAGGCAGCGGCACCAUCACCUGCAGGCCAGACCAGACCUGGACCUCCCUCAGUUCUGUGUGUGAACCGGUGUGUUGGCUGCAGUGUCAGAACGGAGGUGUGUGUCAGCGGCCCAACAUCUGUGCCUGUCCUGAAGGCUGGAUGGGUCGGCUCUGUGAGGAGCCCAUCUGCAUCCUGCCGUGCCUGAACGGAGGGCACUGUGUGGCCCCCUACCAGUGUGAGUGCCCCCCCGGGUGGACGGGCACCCGCUGUCACACAGCUGUGUGUUCGUCGCCGUGUCUGAACGGAGGACGGUGCAUCCGGCCGAACAGAUGCAGCUGCAGUCCAGGCUGGAGUGGACACAACUGCUCCAGGAAGAGGAAAUCAGUGUACUACCACUUCUAAAAUUAAAGGUCUUACUCGCCUCCAUGUGAACCAUCUAAAGAGAAUUCUUGUAUAUUUAAAGCCAAACCACCCACUCAUCUCUGCAAACUUUUGUAAAUUAAAGCUGUAUUUCACCUUCAUAUAAAGACUCAACAGUAUUAAACAUUUGCUGCUAUAUAUACCUGUACGAUGUGUAAAAACUCUUUGUGACKGUUCAGUGUAUAUGUGUAAACUAUUCACGUUUUUAAUAAAGCAUAAACGCCA